GAUACAUGUCGCCGCCGAAGGAUUCCAUUACGUUUCAAGAGGUUUCAAGCGCCCACCUGUGGCAACGUGACCUGAAAAUAGUUUCCCCGUUCUUCUUUAUUGACUAUUGUCCUCUGCUACCACGACCGACUUAUUGUUUUCUGUUCCACUCGUAGUAGAACUAUCCAUACCUUGCGUCCGAAAGGUACCAUAAAACGUUGUGAUGCAAUUUGCUCCCACUCUGGAGGAUAUCUUGGCCAGACAUGACUGGAUAUCCACCUUUACCCAUCCACCUGACGUCCUUGCACUUUUCCGCACCAACGAAGGGCCAUCGCCUCUACAAUCAGCUCGGCUGAAGGCAUCUCUGGAGAGUCUAAGGACACCUCUGGCUAAGAUACAGAGCGACCUUUAUUUGCUCCAUAAUGCUAUCGCGUCGCUGCAGGAUCGCAUGUUGCGUCUUCAAUCAUUCGAGAAUGACUAUAAAACAGCCUUGUCUCCGAUACGUCGUGUUCCCCCAGAGAUCACAAUGGAGAUCGUACGCCGUGCAUGGAAAACCAACACUUUCAGCAACUGUCUACGAGGAAGACACCUUUCUGGAUUCAACGUCUUCACUAUCCGGGAGGGGCCGUGGCAUCUCGGCCAAGUGUGCAGUUCAUGGCGAAAUGUUACUGAAAGGCUUUGUCCGGAGUUAUGGGCUACGAUGACAGUGGCGAUUCCACUUUCCCACGAGCGUGAAGUUCCUAUGAAAGUCGACAUGGUGGAAAUGCUACGCAUCGUCCUGGAACGCUCUCGUAAUCAUCCUCUCCAUUUUUACUUUCGAUACUCCGGUACCAAGGUGGGAGAAAGAGAAGCCCGGGCGAUGGAACGAUGUUUUCAUAUCAUGGUCUCCCAUUCUAAUCGAUGGAGAGCAGUCGAAAUAGCGAUUCCGCCAUCCCUUCUUCCACAACUCUCCCUCAUCCAUGGAAAUAUUGAUUGGCUCAGAGACAUGUACCUCGAUUGUUUUCGCGGCUCGCCGUCCGGAGACAUCCAUGCCUUUGAAAUCGCCCCUAGACUCGAAAUAUUGCACCUCAAAGGCAUGCACCCAGGAGCCAGAAUUUCUUUCCCGACCAACAACCUUGUGUCUUUCUCUGACGAAAGACCAUUUGCUGGAGACCGGCGAACCCUCGAAUAUCUCGACAUCGUCAAAUCGUCUCCAAAGCUUCAUUCAUUUUCGUAUAACGACUAUGGUGGUAGUCUGAUAUCCAUACCGUUUACCAUCCCCGACAAAAUCGUGUCCGAAUCGAUCGAAGAACUUUCGACAUCUUCGCCAAGCUUUAUGCGCAGCCUGGUACUACCGUCGUUGAAGGAAGUCACACUAACAACCAUGUACGACCUAGACAUGGGAGGUGAGUUGAUAAAAUGCCCUGUAGGUGCGCUGGGCGCACUCCACGAGAUGCUUGCGCAAUCGCAAUGUUCCCUAACACGAUUAUGCCUCGUUGAUGUGGUCUUGGACAAUAACCUCGCGAGCAUCAUGCGACUCAUGCCUGGCUUGCAGGAAUUUGUCGUCGAAUUCUUCGAGUGGGUGCCAGAUGUUUAUGAUCCUGUUAUGCUAUCUCUUGUGGCACAGAUGAGCGAGUUGAGCCUGGUAGAUGGGUCACGUCAACAUUCCAUGGUCCCGUUUCUACAAACACUUGGCGUUUACUUGAAUACCAUCGAGUAUACCCACGUCUCAUUCAUCAAUUCCACGUUUGUAAAUAUGGUUGCUUCGCGACUGCGUCGCCCGUCCGACGCGCCACGUCUCACGAAGCUCAAUCUUUUGGUGAAUGGAGUGGGGUGGAGUUAUGGUCUUGAUGAGGAGUCUGAGAAUGCCUUGAUUAAUUUGAAAAGCGAGGGACUGGAGCUUGAUUUCGAUCUGAAUGACGAAGAUCCGCUAUCAGAAUCUGAUGAAUGAUACGGCGG